AUGUCCGAGUACGCAUACAGCAGCGAGGACGAGUACGACUACAACUCGGACGGCGACGACCUCGCGCAGGUCCCGGCCGCGCCCAGCGCCGAGUACACGGUCGUCAACACGGCCGACCUCCAGCGCGACCAGGACCUCCUCGUGGCCGAGGUCUCGGAGCUCCUCAUGGUCUCGCCGGCGGUCGCGACCGUGCUCCUCCGCUCGAACCAAUGGAGCAAGGAGGUGGUCCAGGACCGCUUCUACGAGCACGAGACGCCCAAGCGCUUCCUCGAGGAGGUCGGCGCCCAGCACCUCGACAAAUACAAGAUUGGCGCGCCGAAAGGCAUCGUGUGCGAAGUCUGCCGCGACGACGUGCCGGGCCAGAACGUCAUUGCGCUCGGCUGCGGCGCCAUGUACUGCAUUGACUGCUGGAAAGGCUACUUGAUGACCAAGCUCGAAGACGGGCCGUCGUGCCUCACGGCCACCUGCCUCGCGUACAAGUGCAACGAACUCGUGCCGGACGCGCUCUUCCAGAAGCUCCUCGACGCGCCCCGGAAGAAAGAGCACGCCAAGUGGGCGCUCCGGUCCUUUGUCGAUAAGAGCCAGAACAUCAAGUGGUGCCCCGCGCCGGGCUGCCCGAACGCGAUCAGCGGGUCGGGCGGCGACCUCUUUGUCGACUGCGUCUGUGGCUGCAAGUUUUGUCUCCGCUGCGGCGAAGAAGCCCAUCCCGUCGUGACGUGCGACCAGCUCCGGAUCUGGAAGGAGAAGUGUGCGAACGAGUCGGAGACGGCCAACUGGAUGCUCGUCAACACGAAGAAGUGUCCAAACACCAAGUGCUCGGUGCGCAUCGAGAAGAACCAGGGCUGCAACCACAUGUCGUGCAAGACGUGCCGCCACGAGUUUUGCUGGAUCUGCAUGGAGUCGUGGCAGUCGCACUUUUCGGGCGGCACGGCCAACUACAACUGCAACCGCUUCAACGCGACAGCGUCGCAGGACUCGGACUUGUCGCGCGCCAAGACGGAGCUCGAGCGCUACCUCUUUUACAGCACGCGGUACUUUAACCACGCGAAGGCCGAGACGAUUUGCAUCAAGGGCCGCGCGGACGCGGAGGCCAAGGUCGACGACCUCCAAGUAAUGACGGUCGUCGACUUUCAGGCCGUGCUCAAGGCCAUGGACCUUCUCAUCAAGUGCCGGCGCAUUCUCAAGUACACGUACGUGUACGGCUACUACCUCGACGGCAAGGCGACGACCGAGAAGCAGCUCUUUGAGUACCUCCAAGGCGAGGUCGAGUCCAACACGGAGGUGCUCACGGGCCUCACGGAGAAGCCGCUCGAAUCGAUGGUCAUUGCCGAUAUUAUGAACUACACCAGUGUCACGGACAAGUUCAUGACGCGCUUUGUCGAAGGCGUCGAAGAAGGUCUCUGUGGGUGA